AUGUCGUCGCUGACUUACGAGAAUUACUACCAGCAGGCUCUCGAGGACCUCGCCUUCAUCUGGAAAGAGGACGUGAAUCUCACCAAAGUGCGCGUCGCGGCGAGCGGACGGCCACGGUACGAGCAACUGCUGCAGUACUGGUCAUCGCUCUACAUUCAGUACCUGCGCACGGCGAAGCGACUUGCUGCCGUGCACGACGCCCAGCUGCAGCCACAGAAGCGCUACGAUGUUCGCACGCUGCUUGACACCUGUCUGGGCCGGAUGUUGGAAGUACGAAACCUUCUCAAAAUGAACUGUGGAGAGUUUGUCAAGCUGGAUGAUGCCGCGCUGGACAUGAAAAUGAUCCCGGAAGAUCUCGAGGUGCCCAUCCCGCGCUACUUUGUUGAGGAUACCGCGUCGGAACUGCAGGAACGGCGGCGGCAGAUUGCAGCGCUGCAGACAUAUUUCAAGGAAACCGAGGCGGAUGCGC